GAGAACGUGGUUUUAACCGAGCUCAAGGACGGUGGAUCUUGUGUAGAAGGAAAUGUUUACUGCUGUCCAAGGUGUGCCUAAUUGAACUACGAUGGUGUUAGAAGAAAAGUGCUCUUUGCUGACACUAGCAGGAUGGUGGCUUCCAAAAUCAAUUCAGCUGUCAAGGUUUUGAAGAAAAGCUGAAUGUGCACAAAAGCAUCUGAAGUCCAGAUGUAUCUACAAGCCCUCUGAGGAUUUUACUGUGGUUACAGCAACAUACAAGGCGAUGCAGCUUUACUAAAGGAAGCCCAAGUUGGAAAGAUAAAUUCCCCAUAAAGAUGGUAAGCUCCAACUGUUCCACUGAAGACUCCUUUAAGUACACUUUAUAUGGAUGUAUGUUCAGUAUGGUAUUUGUCCUCGGUUUACUGUCAAACUGUGUCGCCAUAUACAUUUUUACCUGUGCUUUAAAAGUCCGAAACGAAACUACAACAUACAUGCUUAAUUUAGCAAUAUCGGAUCUACUUUUUGUGUUCACGUUACCCUUCAGAAUCUAUUAUUUUACAACAAAGGACUGGCCCUUUGGCGACAUACUCUGCAAGAUUUCGGUCAUGCUUUUUUACAUAAACAUGUAUGGGAGCAUUUUCUUCCUGACCAGUAUAAGCUUCGACCGCUUUUUAGCUAUCGUGUACCCGUUUCGUUCUAAAACUGUCCGGACAAAAAGAAAUGCAAGGAUAGUCUGUGUUGCAAUUUGGGUCACCGUGAUAGCAGGAAGCGUGCCGGGAAGCUUCUUUCAGUCGACCAACGCUCGGGUCAGCACAGAAGGAGUGAAACAAAACACAUGCUUCGAAAACUUUUCUGACGAGACCUGGAAAACCUAUCUUUCGAGGAUUGUUAUCUUCAUUGAAACUGUAGGAUUUUUCAUCCCACUGAUUCUGAAUGUGACCUGCUCUACAAUGGUUUUAAGGACUCUGAAUAAGCCAGUUACGUUGCACCGGAAUAAGUUAAGCAAGAAGAAGGUUCUCAGAAUGAUCUUUGUCCAUUUGCUGAUAUUCUGUCUCUGUUUUGUGCCUUAUAACAUUACUCUGAUACUGUAUUCACUCAUGAGAACGCAGACGUGGAUUAACUGUUCGGUCAUUACUGCCAUCAGGACUAUGUACCCAAUCACGCUGUGCAUUGCCAUUUCAAACUGUUGCUUCGACCCCGUAAUUUACUACUUCACGUCAGAAACUAUUCAGAACUCAAUAAAAAUUAAGAACUGGUCCACUAGAAGACACGACAGAUUAUCUGAUGGAAACGUUCCUGACACCUUCUUUCAACACAGACUCCAGACCUUAAAAGCAAAUUUUUUUGACAAUGAAUCUACAAUAUGAAUGAAGCUGGAACUGGGGUGAAAAAAUAUAAAAGCAUUUCCUAAGGGUUUGCCACCUGACUCCUCCUCCUGCUGACCAGCAACAUCUGCCACAGUUCAGCCACACUGCCUGACCCAACACUACGGAAACGGCCUGCAAGUGAAAGAGCCGCCUCCCGAGCUGUCGGCAGCUCUUACCAAGUUCUGCGGGACAAAACCGAGCAGACUACAAUCUGGGGUUGGGGAAGAGAGGAAACCUGCCUUGCGAGACUGGCGUCACAAGGCAACAGAGGGCGAUGGGAAAACUCACAAGGAGAGAGCUGCGGCAGAGCAGAAACACGCACAAGGGAG